ACAAAAAGCGUGCUUUUCACUCCUUCCCACUGCGGUCAAUGCUGUCAUGAGCACCUCGAUUGUUGAAUAUCUCAUCAUUCACCGUGCAACAGAAGGCGUACUCUGAUAGAAAGAGCAGCGGCGGACAUUUAUUAAUGAUGUUUCCUGCGAUAGCCCGGAACGUUCAUCGAUCAUUCCGAAGAGGUCAUCCAGGAAUACCCAGACUUGCUUGCGAAGAACUCCCGCGCCGUAACUUCUCCCUAUCUCGUUAUCCUUCACAACGAUUACGUCUCCUGCCAGUGGGAUCCCGUACCAUUUCCAACAUGUCGACAGACCCAAUCGCCACCAAGUCACUUUUUGUUGUGUACGCUCCGGAUUACCCUGAUCCGGAAUGUGUGAGUCGUAGGUUGUCCGUUCGACCUUCGCAUUUGGAAAAUGCCUCCAAGCUCAAGGAGCAAGGGCUUCUUAAGAUUGGAGGCGCUAUGAUCACGCCGGAGACAUACAAGACAGAUCAGAAGAAGAUGGCCGGUUCCGUUAUGAUCUUUUCUGCAAACACGCUUGAGGAAGUUCGCGAGCUCAUUGAAAAUGAUAUCUAUUAUAAAGGCAAUGUGUGGGAUAAAGAGAAUCUGGUUAUCAUGCCUUUCGCAUCGGCGUAUCCUUUGUAAUUCCCUGAGGGUUUGGAUCGCAUGUGUGAGUUCUUCUCGAUUUAUCAGGUAUUCAUUGGCGGUUCAAAUGAUAUGGAAUUCUACCAGCUACAACCUGUAUCUUCUUUCAAAUUGAAAAUGUAUAAUGUCCGCCAUCUUAUCUUCCGAUCCGUCAUAUACCAGGUUGAGAACAAUUCGUUGCGACUGCGACAUGUAUUAUUGACAUGUAUUAUUGAACGACGCUUGACUGGUACAUCUGAAUAAUAUUAUGUCAGUUCUGUCAAUCUACUGGGGUCGUGGCUUUCGGGGAAAUCGGCCACGCUUAUGCUGCGAGGCGGAUUUACAACUGCCUC